GAAGGUGCCGCCCCCGGCUCGGCCCCGCCUGCCCAGCCCGGCCCGGCCCGGGGCGCCCAGCGCGGAGCGGAGCCGGCGGCAGCGGGACGGAGCCACAUGGCGGCCCCGGAGCGACGGGCCUUCGCCCAGCGCAUCAACCGGACGGUGGCCGCCGAGGUGCGGAAGCAGGUGUCCCGGGAGCACGGCGGGUCCCCCCAGCUCUCCAAGAAGCGCAGCGGGUCCCAGCAGCUGGUGCCGCUGACGGAGGUGGUGGAGCCGGUGGACUUUGAGGAGUACCUGGCUGCCCACCCCCCCGAGCUGGAGCCUGGCCCACUCCGUGACCUGGUCGAGUUCCCCGCCGACGACGUGGAGGUGGUCCGGGAGCCGCGGGAAUGCCGCACGCUGGAACCGGGGGUGCCCGACGAGGGGAAGCUGGAUGCCCGGGUGCGGGACGCGGUGCAGGUCUACACGGAGGACUGGCUCGUGGUGCGGAGGAAGUACCAGCAGCUCAGCACCAUGUACAGCCCCAACACGGCCGAGCGGCAGCGCCACAGACGGAGGGGGCUGCCCCGGCAGGUCUUCGAGCAGGACGAGGCCGCGGAGGAGCCGGAGGAGCUGAAGCGCCGCUCGCCCUCCCUGGACGACACGCCCCGGGGCAGCUGGGCUUCCAGCGUCUUCGACCUGAAGAACUCGGUGGCUGACCCGCUGCUGCCCGCCCUGCUGGGGCACACGGCCAUGGAGGAGCUCGACCGCUGUAACGAGGAGCUGCGCAAGGAGAACCGGCACCCGGAGCUGCUGGCGCUCUUCCCCGCCCCCGACGAGGACGAGGCGGUGGAGCGCUGCAGCCUGCCCGAGGUCCCCCGGGAGCACUUCGGCCAGCGGAUCCUGGUGAAGUGCCUGUCUCUCAAGUUUGAGAUCGAGAUCGAGCCCAUCUUCGGGACACUCGCCCUGUAUGACAUCAAGGAAAAGAAAAAGAUCUCCGAGAACUUCUACUUCGACCUCAACUCGGAGCAGGUGAAGGGGCUGCUGCGGGCGCCCGGCGGCCACCCCGCCAUCUCCACGCUGGCGCGCUCCGCCAUCUUCUCCAUCACCUACCCCUCCCCCGACAUCUUCCUGGUCAUCAAGCUGGAGAAGGUGCUGCAGCAGGGGGACAUCGGCGACUGCUGCGAGCCCUACAUGGUCAUGAAGGAGACGGACGCGGCCAAGAACAAGGAGAAGCUGGAGAAGCUGCGCGGGGCGGCGGAGCAGUUCUGCAGCCGCCUGGGCCGGUUCCGCAUGCCCUUCGCCUGGACGGCCAUCCACCUCCUGAACAUCGUCAGCACCGCCGGGUCCCUGGAGCACGACCCCGCCGACGCCGAGAGCGAGCGCCGGGGCACCUGGAACGAGCGCAAGCGGAGGACGCUGGAGCGCAUGAGCGCCGGGGAGGAGCUGUGCAGCUUCGCCGGCUUCCGCCCGGCCACCCUCACCGUCACCAACUUCUUCAAACAGGAGGGCGACCGGCUGAGCGCCGAGGACCUGUACAAGUUCCUGGCGGACAUGAGGCGUCCGUCCUCGCUGCUGCGCCGGCUGCGGCCCAUCACAGCUCAGCUCAAGGUGGACAUCUCGCCGGCGCCCGAGAGCCCCCACUACUGCCUCUCCCCGGAGCUGCUGCACGUCCAGCCCUACCCGGACCCCCGGGUGCGGCCCACCAAGGAGAUCCUGGAGUUCCCGGCCCGGGAGGUGUAUGUCCCCCACACCACCUACAGGAACCUGCUCUACGUCUACCCCCAGAGCCUGAACUUCAGCAGCCGCCAGGGCUCCGUGCGCAACAUCGCCGUGAAAGUGCAGUUCAUGGCGGGCGAGGAGCCCAGCCAGGCCCUGUCGGUGAUCUUCGGCAAGUCGAGCUGCAGCGAGUUUACCAAAGAGGCCUACACGGCCGUGGUGUAUCACAACAGGUGCCCCGAGUUCUACGAGGAGUUCAAGCUGCAGCUCCCGCCCGCCCUGACGGACAAUCACCACCUGCUCUUCACCUUCUCCCACGUCAGCUGCCAGCCCAAGCCGAGCGCCCCGCUGGAGACGCCCGUCGGCUACACGUGGGUCCCGCUGCUGCAGCACGGCCGCCUGCGGACGGGGCCCCUCUGCCUGCCCGUGUCAGUGGAGAAGCCCCCGCCCAGCUACUCCGUCCUCACCCCCGACGUGCAGCUCCCCGGCAUGAAGUGGGUCGAUAACCACAAAGGGGUGUUUCACGUGGAGCUGCUGGCCGUGUCCUCGGUGCACACGCAGGACCCCGCCCUGGAUAAGUUCUUCACGCUGGGCCACGUGCUGGAGGAGGGGCACUUCCCGGUGCGGCUGCGGGAUGCCGUGCUGACCGAGGGCAGCGUGGAGGGGGAGCUGCGGGCCAGCGUGGCCGGGCUACGGGGAGCCAGGCUGGGGCCACUGCUCGCCCACUGCCACCGGCUCCUGGACAAGCUGCUGCUGCUCAUCGCCCGCCCGCCCGUCAUCGGGGGCCAGAUCGUCAACCUGGGCCGCGCCGCCUUCGAGGCCGUGGCCAUCAUGGUGAACCAGAUCCACCGGGGCCUGGAGGCCGGCCAGGGCCAGCACGGCCACAACCCGCUGCUGGCCGCCUACGUCCACUUCGCCUUCCGCCUGCCCGCCGAGACGCCGCCCGCGGGGAACGAGGCCGGGACGCCGCCCCAGGGGGCUGCCAUCCAAUGUGCCACCCUGUCCCGCGCCACCGGCCGCCCCGCCAGCCUCAACCUGGCGCGCUCCAAGAGCAUCAGCAACAGCAACCCCGACCUGGCCACCACGCCCGGCUCCCCCGACGACGAGGUCCAGAAGAUCCUGGGCAGCAAAGGGAUCGACCGCUCGCACUCCUGGGUGACCUCGGCCUACGCCCCCGGCGGGCCCAAGGCCGUGCUCCGCCGGAACCCGCCCAGCUCCAGCGCCGACCUCAAACAGGCCUGCGAGCGAAGCUCGAACCGCCUCUCCUCCUUCCUGGAGCGCUCCUCCGCGCCCGCCGCCCCCACCAGGCCGACCGCCAAGAAGCUGCUGCACGAGGAGCUGGCCCUGCAGUGGGUGGUGAGCACCAGCACCGUGCGCGAGGCCGUGAUACGCCAGGCCUGGUUCUUCUUCCGGCUGCUGGGGAAGUCCAUGGCGCUGCACCUGCACCAGGCCGAGAAGCUGGAGGCGCCGCGCCGGCUGCGCUUCCCCAGCCGCUUCGUGGACGACGUCGCCGCCCUGGUGGGCGCCGUCAGCCUCGAGAUCGUCAGCCGUUACCAGAAGCAGGAUGUGGAGCUGGUGGAGCGUCUCAACAGCAGCCUGGCCUUUUUCCUCAACGACCUGCUCUCCCUGAUGGACCGCGGCUUCGUCUUCAGCCUCGUCCGCAUCUACUACAAGCAGAUCGGUAACCGGCUGCCGAGCGCCCAGAACCCCCCCGCGCUGGUGGCGCUGCGCGUGGAUUUCCUGCGUAUCGUCUGCAGCCACGAGCACUACGUCAGCCUGAACCUGCCCUGGCACCGCCUCUCGCCGCCCGCCUCCCCCUCGCCCUCCGUCUCCUCCGCCACCUCCCAGGGCUCGGCCUUCUCCAGCCCGGCGCAGGACCAGCGGGUGGCCGGCAUGUUCGAGCUGUCCGGGCCCUACCGCCGGCAGCACUUCCUGGCGGGGCUGGUGCUCACGGAGCUGGCGCUCAUCCUGGAGCCGGACGCUGAAGGCGUUUUCUUCCUGCACAAGAAGGUCAUCAGCGCCCUGCACAACCUGCUGUGCAGCCACGACGCCGACGCCCGCUACGCCACCCCCCCCGCCCGCGCCCACGUGGCCCAGCUCUACCUGCCCCUCCUCAGCAUCGUGCUGGAUGCCCUGCCACAGCUCUAUGACUUCACCGAGAACCACAGUCCGCGCGGGCGCCUGGUCACCGUGCUGGGGGACGAAGGAGACGGCGACAGCGGCACCAUCAGCCAGUCGGUGGCCAUGGCCAUUGCCGGCUCCCCCCUGCCCCACGCCCACCGGGCCAGCCCCUUCCCGCCACCAGCGGCCCCCCCCCGCCCGGGCGGCACUCUGUCGGCGGAGGCCAGCCGCACCCUGCUGGCCUGCCUGCUGUGGGUGCUGAAGAACGGGGACGCGGGGGCGCUGCACAGUUGGUGUGCGGAGCUGCCCCCCCUGCACCUCGGCCGCCUCCUCGACCUGCUCUACCUCUGCGUGGCCUGCUUCGAGUACAAGGGCAGGAAGGCCUUCGAGCGCAUCAGCAGCCUGGCCUUCAAGAAGUCGCUGGACAUGAAGGCGCGGCUGGAGGAGGCCAUUCUGGGCACCGUCGGCGCGCGCCAGGAGAUGGUGCGGCGCAGCCGGGAGCGCCGCCCCCUGGGGGGCCAGGAGAGCGUCCGCUGGAGGAAGAACCUCGCCCACUGGCGCCCGAACUCCGACAAGGUGGACAAGAGCCGGGAGGAGGUGGAGCAGGAGGUGCUGGUGGAGGGGAACCUGGCGACCGAGGCCAACCUGGUGGUGCUGGACACGCUGGAGAUCAUCGUCCAGACGGUGCUGCUGGCGGAGGCCCGGGAGAGCGUGCUGGACGGGGUGCUGCGGGUGCUGCUGCACAGCAUGGCCUGCACGCCCAGCGCCCUCUUCCUGCAGCACUGCUUCGCCUCCCAGAGGGCGCUGGUGAGCAAGUUCCCAGAGAUGCUGUUCGAGGAGGACACGGAGCUCUGCGCCGACCUGUGUCUGCGGCUCCUGGGGCACUGCAGCAGCCGGGUGGCUGCCAUCCGUGCCCACGCCAGCGCCUCCCUCUACCUGCUCAUGCGCCAGAACUUCGAGAUCGGCCACAACUUUGCCCGGGUGAAGAUGCAGGUGACCAUGUCGCUGUCCUCACUCGUCGGGACCUCGUCCAACUUCAACGAGGAGCAUCUCCGGCGCUCGCUGAAAACCAUCCUGACCUACGCCGAGGAGGACGCCGGGCUGCGGGACAGCAGCUUCUCUGAGCAGGUGCAGGACCUCGUCUUCAACCUCCACAUGAUCCUCACCGACACCGUCAAGAUGAAAGAGCAUCAGGAGGAUCCGGAGAUGCUGAUAGACCUGAUGUACAGGAUCGCCAAGGGCUACCAGAACUCCCCGGACCUGCGGCUGACGUGGCUGCAGAACAUGGCGGCCAAGCACUCGUCGCAGGGGAACCACGCCGAGGCGGCGCAGUGCAUGGUGCACGCGGCCGCGCUGGUGGCCGAGUACCUGAGCAUGCUGGAGGACUCCCGCCACCUGCCCGUGGGCUGCGUCUCCUUCCAGGGCAUCUCGUCCAACGUGCUGGAGGAGUCGGCCGUCUCGGACGACGUGCUGGCCCCGGACGAGGAGGGGAUCUGCUCCGGGAAGUUCUUCACCGAGCUGGGGCUGGUGGGGCUGCUGGAGCAGGCGGCCGCCUUCUUCACCAUGGGCGGCCUGUACGAGGCAGUGAACCAAGUGUACAAGAUCCUCAUCCCCAUCCACGAGGCCAACCGGGAGUUCAAGAAGCUGGCGGCUCUGCACGGCAAACUGCAGGACGCCUUCGGCAAGAUCAGCAGCCAGAGCGCUGGCUGGGAGCGCAUGUUCGGGACGUAUUUCCGGGUCGGGUUUUACGGCAGCAAGUUCGGGGACCUGGACGAGCAGGAGUUUGUGUAUAAAGAACCGUCCAUCACCAAGCUGGCCGAGAUCUCCCACCGGCUGGAGGAGUUCUACGCCGAGCGCUUCGGGGACGACCUGGUCGAGAUCAUCAAGGACUCGAACCCCGUGGACAAGGGCAAGCUGGACCCCAACAAGGCCUACAUCCAGCUGACCUACGUGGAGCCGUUCUUCGACACCUACGAGCUGAAGGAGCGAGUCACCUACUUCGAGAAGAACUACGGCCUGCGCUGCUUCCUGUUCUGCACCCCCUUCACGCGGGACGGGCGGGCGCACGGGGAGCUGCACGAGCAGCACAAGCGCAAGACGCUGCUCACCACCUCGCACGCCUUCCCCUACAUCCGAACCCGCCUGCCCGUCGUCCACAAGGAGGAGAUCAUCCUGACCCCCAUCGAGGUGGCCAUCGAGGACCUGCAGAAGAAGAUGCAGGAAUUGGCCUUCGCCACCCACCAGGAGCCGGCUGACGCCAAGAUGCUGCAGAUGGUGCUGCAGGGCUGCGUCGGCACCACCGUCAACCAGGGCCCGCUGGAGGUGGCCCAGGUGUUCCUGGCCGAGAUCCCGGACGACCCCCGGCUCUACCGGCACCACAACAAGCUGCGUCUCUGCUUCAGGGACUUCACCAAACGGUGCGAGGACGCCCUGCGGAAGAACAAGUCGCUGAUCGGGCCGGACCAGCGCGAGUAUCACCGGGAGCUGGAGCGUAACUACCUGCGCCUCCGGGAGUCGCUGCUCCCGCUGCUGAGCCGCCGGAUCCCCCAGCUCUACGCCCCCCUCGUCCCGCGCGCCGCCCACCAGUGAGCCCCCCCCAGCGCCAGGCCAGCUCCUUCCCAGCCGCAACACGCAGGACCAGAGGAGAAACUGAGGCAGAGAAGAGCCGGGACUUGCCCAGGAUCACGCAGGGAAUCCUGUGGCAGAGCCAGGAAUGGGACCCAGGAGUCCUGGCUCUCACCACUCCACCCCACUCCCUUCCCCGAGCUGGGAAUCCAGGACUGGCUUGUUCCCUGGGGUCUCUCCACAGCCGGCAGUGACCGGGGUCCCCCACCCGCUCGGUAGGGGGCGGAUUUGCCAUGUGUUCAUUUCACCCAUUGGAUUCAUUGGGGGGUCCCGUCCCCCCUGAAACGCUCUGAACAGGUCAAGCUGGAGGUGCCAGGAGGAGCCAGCGGGAUCCCCGAGGACCUAGGACCGGCUGCGUCCGCUCUUCCAGCCCGGGGGGAGGGGGCGGGGGGGAGACACCCCUCCCAGCCUCCAGCGUGCCUUGCUGAGCCCCCCCCCGUGGAGCCAGCCCAACCCGCCUCCCCCGGCUCCAGGCCCACUCGCAAACCCUGCCCUCUGCGGGGAGACCACUCGACCCAGUCAAAGGCCGUGGGGUGUGGGGGGGGCGUUCCGGGCAGGGGCUCAGGGCCGGGCCCGGUGCUGCGGGAGCCUGUUUACCCAGGAGCUGGGGCAGAGGUGGGGUGGCCCCGAUCCUGCCGGGGACCCUGCAUCUGGACCAAAGCUCAGCGAGCUGCCCCCGGGGCGUCUCCCCCUGCGGAUCCCCGGACACGGGCAGCACCUGGCCAGGAUCCCGCCCGUGGGCCGACUGGGUCCUGUGGCUAGAGAGCGGGGCAGGCCGCGGAGGCCCCCCUCCCAGCGCUGGGAAGGGAACCCAGGAGUCCUGGCUCCUCAUCCCCCCCCACCCCCCUCCUGUCUGAAGCCAGGGGCCCCACGGCCCUUGUGGUGCCUGAGGAUCCUGCCCCUCCCCCCCACACCUCCUGGGGCGGCGGCGAGACGCCCGUGCCUGGGGGGCCGUCAGGAGCCUUCCAACCCCCCAAGUGCCUGGCAAGCCCAACCUCUGGGGUGGGGGGGGCCUCACUUCCUGCCCCACUCGCCUCUGUGUGUUUCUGUUCUCACCCGGAGGAGCCCCCCCCCUGCCCCCGGCUCUGCGAUCUCGUCCCUUGACCCCCUGGUGG